GAUGCAUGCUGCUGCGAAGCAUUAGAAAUACGUCCCUGCCCGCCUGCUUUCACUGUGCUCGCUUUUCUUCGAACACAUUCGAAGAAUGGCGACGUGCGAUCGCCAAUCUCCCGCUCCUUGUUCGAGAUCCCCAAACUCUCGUCUUCCAGAUCCCACCUCGACAUCCGCUUCGAUUGACGUGCUCCUGCAUCCCACCGCCGCCACCCCCGCCCAGGCGAUCCGGAGCCGGGGCAGCUACAGCUGCGGGCGAUGCGGCCUCCCCAAGAAGGGUCACAUAUGCCCCGACGGCGGCGGCCCUGUAUCCGCCCCACGCAUCCGUAUCCGCCGCCGCCGUGCCCUAUCCUUCGACGUGGAUCCCGUCUCCGGGGAGAUGGUCGAGAAGGCGGGUGUUGUGGAGAUUUUGAAUGGUUUCGAGAAGGCGGCGGAAGGGGCAACGGUCUUGCCCGUUUCGUGCAUGGUGGAGGUCCUGAGGAGGUUGUCGCCCAAGGAGCUGAUGAGGGCGGCGGCGGUGUGCCGGCGGUGGAGAGGCUGCGUACGGAGGGUCUGGCGCUCCGCGGAGGAGCUGAGGCUCAGGGUUUUGUCUCGAUCGCAGAUGGGGUUUGUUGGGUCGUUGCUCCACAGGUGCGCCGGCUUGUCUAGGCUUACGCUGCGAAUGGAAAGUGAUGUAGACGCAACAAUGUUAGCUUGUGUUGCAUACUCACUUCCUAACUUGGAAGCCUUCGAGAUGAAUAUGGCUGAAAAUGCAAUGAACAGGAUAUCUGGGUAUGAAUUAUGUGGUUUUGUUGCUAUGAAAGGGUUUCUUUCAAGCCUUAAAUUUGAGGGAUGUAGCAACGUUGGAUCUCUGAAUAUUACUUCAUCAAGCCUGACAACACUUUGGCUAUCAGAUCUUUAUUGUGUUUCUAAAGUGGCACUUAAAUGUCCUAAUUUGACCGAGCUUUCGCUUGAUUUUUGUCAACAAGAAAAUGACACAACUGAUCUUGUUACCAUGAUGGAAUGUCUGGGGUGCACUUGCCCUCUUCUAAGAAAUGUUCAUAUUGCAUCGAUUCUGCUUUGCGAUAAAUCUGUAUUCGCCUUUACCAGUGCUAACCUAAGGUCUCUACGAAUGUUAUCUUUGGUUCUUGGUUCAAGAAUAACAGAUGAUGCCGUGACCUCUAUAGCUUCCUGUUACACAAAUCUUGAGUUGCUUGAUUUGAGCGGGUCAAGCAUCUCGGACAACGGACUUCGUAUGAUACGCAAUGUGCUUCCUAAGACUCUCUCUCGGCUCCUACUUUCUCUUUGCCCUAAUAUUACCUGCAAUGAGCUUCAGUUCGCAGUAACUCAAUUACCUCUGCUUCAACUAAUCGACUGUGGUAUGAGCAUACGUGAUACAAGUUGCCAGUAUGCAAAUUCUGGAGAAAGGAUGUGCUUCCCUAUCAAUGGCAAUGGCCACAAGAUUAGACACCUAGAAUUAUCCCCCACCAAGUCACAGAAAAACUACCAAAAACUUAUUAUACAACAUGAUUCUCUAAAGAAGCUAAGUUUAUGGGGCUGCUCCGGUAUAGAUGCCUUGUACUUGAAUUGUCCAGAGCUCAAUGAUUUAAAUCUGAACUUGUGCACGAACUUGCACCCAGAGAAGUUGCUUCUCCAAUGCCCUAAUUUAAAAGAUGUACAUGCUUCUGGGUGUCAAGAUAUGCUGAUAGGAGCAAUUCGCAAUCAAGUAGCAAAUGAGUUUGCUGCCCUCAAAACCCUUUUACCAUGCAAGCGAUUAGCCGACGGAACCAAAAGGGUUCUGGCACUCCAUUCAGCUCAUCAAAAGAAACCAAACCCUACUGUCCAUCAUUAACGGCUCAUCCAGCCACACCCUGCUGUUAAUAGUUAAUAGUUGCUCCUUGGCCUCCCGUAUAAUUAUUCCUGCAGCAUGUUGAAUAAGAGUUUUGCCAAACUAUGAAACAAAAGUCACUUUACCACCUGUAGAUUUGAAGCUUUUUGAUUGUUGUUUGGGUUUUCAUUCCUCUAAUCACCUGAGAAUUGUCUAAUGUUCAUGUUGUAAACUGGGGUUAACACAUUGAUCAUCAAACAGAGUUCCUUUUA